AUGGAGGCGCUGAGCCGGGCCGGGCCGCGGCCCCGCCGCGCCGCCGCCGCCUCCCCGCUGCCCUGGGGCCGCUUCGCCGCGUGGAUCGACUGCGUGUGCGUGGUCACCUUCGACCUGGAGCUGGGACAGGCCAUGGAGCUGGUGUAUCCCCACGACUUCAGGCUCACCGAGAAGGAGAAAACGAGCAUCUGCUACCUGUCCUUCCCAGACUCCUACUCAGGUGGCCUCGGGGACACCCAGUUCAGCUUCCGGCUGCGCCAGGCCGGGGGCUCCCGCAGCUCCCCGUUCCAGGAUGACGGCAGGUACAACCGCGAGGCGCCGCUCGCGCUGCAGCGAGAGGCUGCUCACUAUUUCGGGUACGUGUACUUCCGGCAGGUCAAGGACAGCUCCAUGAGGAGGGGCUACUUCCAGAAGUCCCUGGUGCUGGUGUCCCGCCUUCCCUACGUGAACCUGUUCCAGUGCCUGCUGCAGCUGAUUGCUCCGGAGUACUUCGACAAGCUGGAGCCCUGCCUGGAGGCAGUGUGCAACGAGAUCGACCAGUGGCCACCCCCAGUGCCUGGCCAGACCCUGAACCUGCCCGUGAUGGGAGUUGUCAUCCAGGUGAGGAUCCCGUCCCGGGUGGACAAGCCAGGCUCCAGCCCAGUGAAGCAGUGCAACCAGGAGAAUCUGUUACCAGCCCCCCUGGUUCUCCCCAGUGUUCAUGAGCUGGAUCUGUUCAGGUGCUUCCAGCCAGUGCUGAUCCACAUCCAGAUGCUGUGGGAGCUGAUGCUGCUGGGGGAGCCCAUGGUGGUGAUGGCACCGUCCCCAACCAUGUCCUCAGAGAUGGUCCUGGCCCUCACCAGCUGCCUGGCCCCGCUGCGGUACUGCUGUGACUUCCGGCCCUACUUCACCAUCCACGACAGCGAGUUCAAGGAGUACACCACGCGCACCCAGGCCCCGCCCAACAUCGUCGUGGGCGUCACCAACCCCUUCUUCAUCAAGACCCUGCAGCACUGGCCACACAUCCUGCGGGUGGGCGAGCUCCGCAUGUCAGGAGACCUGCCCAAGCAGGUGAAGGUGAAGAAACUGGCCAAGCUGAAGACCCUGGACACCAAACCAGGAAUCUACACUUCCUAUAAAACAUUCCUCCACAAAGACAAAACCCUGAUAAAAAGGCUGCUGAAGGGCAUCCAGCGGAAGCGCCCCUCGGAGGUACAGAGUGCUCUGCUGAGGAGGCACCUCCUGGAGCUCACCCAGAGCUUCAUCAUCCCUCUGGAGCACUACAUGGCCAGCCUGAUGCCUCUGCAGAGAGCCAUCACUCCGUGGAAGAAUCCCCCCCAGAUCCGCCCGUUCUGCCAGGAGGAUUUCAUGAAGAGCCUGGAGCACGCCGGGCCCCAGCUCACCUGUGUGCUCAAGGGGGACUGGCUGGGGCUCUACAGGCGAUUCUUCAAGUCCCCCAACUUCGACGGCUGGUUCCGGCAGCGGCACCGCGAGAUGAGCCACAAGCUCGAGGCCCUGCACCUGGAGGCCAUCUGAUGGGCGGACAUCGUGGCCUGGAUGAAGGACAAGUCCGAGGUGGAGAUCGUGGACCUGGUGCUGAAGCUGCGGGAGAAGCUGGUGAGGGCUCGCUGCCAGCACCUGCCCGUCAAGGAGGAGACCCUGCAG